AACAAGGAACUUUUCAAACCACAAAAACAAAAGAGAAAGACAUGCCCCACGCUAAAUUUAAAAGUCUCAUUAAGCUUUAAUGAUUCAAAGAUUAUUUACCAAAUACAAUUCCAGCUCUUAUCUUAAGAUAUUCCAGAAUAUCAUCAUUAUUUUACAUAAUUUUCUACUUAUCUUUUAUUAUAUCAGACCCUUUCCUAUUUUAAAAAAAUUUUCCUGUAUGAAUGACUUUUUGUUAAUGAGAAUUUCUCAUUCCAACUGCGAAAUUGAUUCUUUCUUAUGCUGAGCAAAAAAGUUGAAGAACUUUGUCCUGUUUAUGAUCUGAGAUAUUUUUGUAGUUUUGUCUACAAAAUCAUAAUUGUUUUGGUCUGGCGUGCCUUUUGUGAUUGAUUAUAUUCCCUUUUUGGAUAAUUCUCCCUUUGAUACUUCUGUGUCAUUCUCCAAAAAUCUUUCAACCUCCUCUAUCUGAAGCAUUUCCUCUGUUCAAGAGAUUAAUAUAGUCACCACUCGCAUCCCAAGUUCAUCAAUUAUUCUUCUGCAGUUAUCCUGAAACAUGGUUGAACGAAGCCGCAGCUUUAGAAUACCUGGAGCUGAGAAAGCUGAUCUAAGAAUUGCUCUUUAUGAGCGCAAAGAAGUUGUUGAGAGGCUCCAAGAUGAGUUGAAUGCAGAGAGAGAAGCAUCUGCGACGUCAGCGAGCGAGGCCAUGUCAAUGAUUCUUCGGCUGCAAGGAGAGAAAGCUGAGCUUGCUAUGGAAGCUGGUCAGUACAAGAGAAUGGUCGAAGAGCAAAUGUCUCACGCUGAGAUGUCGUUUGCGCUUUUGGAGGAUGUGAUUUACCAGAAAGAGAUUGAAGUCACUGCUCUUGCGUAUCAAGUUGAAGUUUACAGAAGCCAGCUUUUGAGCUUGGGGUUUACUGAUUUGAGUAGCUUAGAAGCUAAGCUUCAAGAGAAUGAUGAUCAAGAUGAGAAUAUGUUGAAGAUGAAUGAUUUGUCACUGAGUGAUAGAUCUCAAACACCCUCUUCAGAGUUGGUUACAGAUCUUUCGAUUCCUGAGGAGAAGGAAGUUAUCGAGCAGACCUUGGAUUCGCAGAAGAGUUCCUUAGAUGUGUAUUGGGAGCAGAUAAAGAAACUGAAUGAGCAAGUGAAAGAGCUUACUGGUUAUAGAGAUUCGAUGCGAGAACAGCACAAUACUUCAGUGUCUGAAUCUGGACUAAACAAGGAAGAAGAAGAUGGUGCAAGCUCAUCAAACUUUCAAGAAGAUACACAAAAAAUAAAAGAGGAAGCAAAGGGUUUGUGUAAAACUGAUGGCACAAUGUUGAUAAAAGUUGCAAAGCAGAAAAAGAUUGAAAAGAAAUCACCUAAACAGACGAGAGACAGAAGCGGUAAGAGAAACCGUGCAGAGUAUCAAGCUGAAUUGCUGCAGUUGAGACAGAGAGUUGAGCGGCUUGAGCGAGGAAAAACAAACACAGAGCAUGAAACCAGUGGAGUGAUUAAGCAAGAAGAGAUCAGUCUAUUGAAUGAAGUGAGAGAGGAACAAAGUUCUUCUGUGAAAUCAUCUGAAGUAGAGAAGAGCUUGAAUACAAUGGAAGAUUUACAACCUUGGAUCGACCCCGUCAUUAUAUCUGUUCAAGAGGCAAUGCUUUACUUCUGGCUGUGAGACAAAGCAAAAAAAAGUACAAGCAGAUUUUUUGGCUUGUUUUGAGUGUAUGUAUGUCAUUGUGUUCUGUGUUUGUUUGCCUAAAGUCUGAAAUCUGUAAAUUUUUGUAUAAAGCUCACAAAUAUUCUUUUGUAGAUUGUCUUUUGAGUGACACUUGGCAAAAACAUCAUCUUGUGGAUUCCUAGUUUUUUUUAGUUGGUGUGUAAAUCAAAUAUCUAUUGAGGAGAAAUGCAAAAGACUUAAAGACAA